AUGGAAUAUGGGAUGGGAAAAGAUACCAAAUAUAUAUUUCUUUUAGGUAUUGGAGUUUUAUGUGCCUGGAUGGUUGUAAUUAUAAUCUGUGCAUCUCCACAAUUAUUUCGUAAUUAUAUUUAUAAACAUUUAUGUUGUUGUUUUCGAAAUCGUGAAAGAAUAAGAAAUCAAGAAAAAAUAAAAGCUGCUCAAGAUAGAGUACGAUCAGCUAGUAAAUCUUUUCUUUCUAACCAAGUUGCUAGUUUUCCUAGCACAAUAUUAUUACAACAAGUUAUGGGAACAACAAGUGGCAUAUUGCAAAACACAUCUAUUGAGAAAAACCAAAUAGAAAAAUUAGAAAAUACACAAACAAAAAUAAAUAUAGAUUUAGAGAAUGUAUUUUGUGAAGAAAAUGCAAAAGAAAAAGUCUAA